UAUUCAACAUUUACAAAAGCCAUGUUACUGUACACGAAGCUAUUGAGUGCGAUCAUGUAGGGCCCGGCCCAGAACGUGGCUAUAUUAUUUUGAUACUCCACACAGUGUUCCUGCGUGCCGGGCUUAUAUACAUUUCAUCAGCUGUCAUGAAAGGGCUAUGUUCAAGGAAACACUUCUCUAUAACAAGAAUAAUGAAGGGAACAAGUACAUUGUAUAUUGCAGUUGUAGUCUCAGCAUUCAUGAUUUGGACUGUAAUGGAUUACGCUGCUUCAAACUAUUGGACUCAAGAAAGAAUUCAAACUAAAACGAAGGACAAUUUUUUAUCAAUAACGUACCCGGAUGUAAACUUCAAAGCGACAUCAGGUAGACCUGAAUGCCCGGAUGUGAAGACAGGGAUGAUGAGAGGAAGAUGGACGCCUCGCACUCUGACUGCACAAGAGAAAGUUGACAUUGACACAUUCCUUCAGUCAGCUCGAAGUUCACAUGGUCUGCCGAAGUCAAUGCAGAGAAGGGACGGAAAAUGUGGGAAUGUGGCAUAUGAAAACCUUUACUACUUUCGUGCACUGUGUAACCCGGAAGGUGCUACGCCAUGUUGCUAUGGUGAUACGUGCAUCAACAAGACCCCGGAUGACUGUAAAUGUCCGAGCUGUUUCGAUCUUCGGAACGAGAUUUAUGCAGAGUACUCUACGUGGGAGCCCGAAGAUUCCCGAUGUCAGGUGAAGAACUUCACGGCUCAACAGGCAUGUGAUCUUCUACAGGGGCUGACAAUAACCUUUGUUGGGGAUUCUUUAAUGCGCCACGUGUACACGGCCAUGUUGAUGGUGCUCUCCAACAACGGUGUUGAUGGUGCCCUCAAAGCUGGUACCCCGAAAGACAUCCACAAGCAAUGCACGGGAAUGUACGCAUUCACAGAAAAGGUAUGUAGGGCACACAUCAAGAGACAAGCAACAUUCUGUGAUGGAAGAGUGUAUGUGAACAUGCUGGAAUACUACCAUCUUGCUACUGCGGCCAACUUUCAUCAGGAUUUUCAUUCAUUUCUUCACAAAAACAAAACAGUUGUACUAGUUGGUGUAGGGUACCACGAUUCUUUUGACUUUGAGAGGGUGUUUAUUGAAUAUAUAUAUCCUGUUAUCGACAUGAUGAAAAAGAACAAAGCUUUAUGGCCAAAGGUGAUCUGGUCUGCCAAUCACAAAUUUGGUCUCCUGAAAUCUCCUAAUAUUCCAAGACAAGACAAUAGCCGCGUAGAAGCCUUUAACAAAUUUAUGUCUGAGGGGUUAGGAAAAUAUGAUAUACCCAUUUUUGACACUUAUAACUUAACUUCCGGUGUGAUGAGUACGGACGGAGGUCAUUUUGGUAUUGGUGUAAAUGUCAUGAAAGUGCAGAUGCUUCUGAACUAUUUGCUGGAACUGAAAUCUAAACUUUCUUGGUGAACAAUGUUUUAUAAUAACAAGGUGAAAGUGAAGGUGAAAUGGGGUUGAACGUCGAGUCCAAGAUUAUUGCAUUUGUUCGACACGGGUGACCCACAUCGUCUCCCAAAGCGGCAGCCUGUAUUCACACACGGUGUAGCCAUGCCUGAGGUAAUGUAUCCAUCUAGGUCAAUCAGUACAACGCGUGUCCCGCCCAUUCAUACAGCCGGAUAUCGGAUGAGGUAAACAUUAUUUUCAGAGUACAUACUAACGUAUUAUCUCUAAACAGGAUACUGUAACUUAAACAUGGGUUACCAUAAGGGGGGACGGUUAUUUCUAUAAGACCAUUUACGGUGGUAUAUCACAGUGUAGGGUUGAGGUGGGUAAAAGUUCUUGAUAAAGCCGUGUGGAAUAAGGGAUACAUGCUACACGGAAGAUAUGUGUUUCGUGAAUUUCAACAGGAUUUGGAAAACACUAUGGGUGAGAUAACACUGUUCUGAAACUGUUCAUGUACCCUUAAUAAGAACUUGGGAUGUUUCAUUUCAACCUUGCUUUUACAACAUACUUACAUUCAUUUAUCAUAUGUUCGGUGAAUAAUAUGUGAUGUGAACCGGAUAUAAUUUAAGAAGAACGUGUAUGGCCGGGGAAACGUAGGGCACGAUAUAAGCGAAGGAAAUCUUUCAGAGUUGGAAAUUAAGAUUGAAAAUAAGAAUAAGACUGACGUUUUACAACGAAAUAUAUCACAGUUGAAAAUUAAGAUUGAAAAUAAGAAUAAGACUGACAUUUUACAACGAAAUA